GUGGGCGUGAUCCGGGCACUUAGGGCAGGAUGAACGCUGCUUUCCAAGAUGGCGACGGAGGGAGGAGGGAAGAAGAUGAACGAGAUUAAGACCCAAUUCACCACCCGGGAAGGUCUGUACAAGCUGCUGCCGCACUCGGAGUACAGCCGGCCCAACCGGGUGCCCUUCAACUCGCAGGGAUCCAACCCUGUCCGCGUCUCCUUCGUAAACCUCAACGACCAGUCUGGCAACGGCAACCGCCUCUGCUUCAAUGUGGGCCGGGAGCUCUACUUCUAUAUCUACAAGGGGGUCCGCAAGGCUGCUGACUUGAGUAAACCAAUAGAUAAAAGGAUAUACAAAGGAACACAGCCUACCUGUCAUGACUUCAACCACCUAACAGCCACAGCAGAAAGUGUCUCUCUCCUAGUGGGCUUUUCCGCAGGCCAAGUCCAGCUCAUAGACCCCAUCAAAAAAGAAACUAGCAAGCUGUUUAAUGAGGAAAGACUAAUAGACAAGUCACGCAUAACCUGUGUCAAAUGGGUUCCUGGUUCGGAAAGCCUUUUCCUAGUAGCCCAUUCAAGUGGGAACAUGUACUUAUAUAAUGUGGAGCACACUUGUGGCACCACAGCCCCCCACUACCAGCUUCUGAAGCAGGGAGAGAGCUUUGCCGUGCACACUUGCAAGAGCAAAUCCACGAGGAACCCUCUCCUUAAGUGGACGGUGGGCGAGGGGGCCCUCAACGAGUUUGCUUUCUCCCCAGAUGGCAAGUUCUUAGCAUGUGUGAGCCAGGACGGGUUUCUGCGUGUGUUCAACUUUGACUCAGUGGAGCUGCACGGUACAAUGAAAAGCUACUUUGGGGGCUUGCUUUGUGUGUGCUGGAGCCCAGAUGGCAAGUACAUUGUGACAGGUGGAGAGGACGACUUGGUGACAGUCUGGUCCUUUCUAGACUGCCGAGUAAUAGCUAGAGGCCAUGGGCACAAAUCCUGGGUCAGUGUUGUAGCAUUUGAUCCCUAUACUACUAGCGUAGAAGAAAGUGACCCUAUGGAGUUUAGUGGCAGUGAUGAGGACUUCCAGGACCUUCUUCAUUUUGGCAGAGAUCGAGCGAACAGUACACAGUCUAGGCUGUCCAAACGGAACUCUACAGACAGCCGCCCUGUAAGUGUUACCUAUCGGUUUGGUUCAGUGGGUCAGGAUACACAACUGUGUUUAUGGGACCUUACAGAAGACAUCCUUUUCCCUCACCAACCCCUCUCAAGAGCAAGGACACAUACAAAUGUCAUGAAUGCCACCAGUCCACCUGCUGGAAGCAAUGGGAACAGUGUCACUACACCUGGAAACUCUGUGCCCCCUCCAUUGCCACGGUCCAAUAGCCUUCCACAUUCAGCAGUCUCCAAUGCUGGUAGCAAAAGCAGCGUCAUGGACGGGGCCAUUGCCUCUGGGGUCAGCAAGUUUGCAACUCUGUCGCUGCACGACCGGAAGGAGAGACACCAUGAAAAAGACCAUAAACGAAAUCAUAGUAUGGGACACAUUUCCAGCAAGAGCAGUGACAAACUGAAUCUAGUUACUAAAGCCAAAACGGACCCAGCUAAAACUCUGGGAACAUCCCUGUGUCCUCGGAUGGAAGAUGUUCCUUUGUUAGAGCCACUGAUCUGUAAAAAGAUAGCUCAUGAAAGACUGACUGUAUUGGUUUUUCUUGAAGACUGUAUAGUCACUGCUUGUCAGGAGGGAUUUAUUUGCACAUGGGCAAGGCCUGGUAAAGUGGGCUUGUUGUCAUCCCCAAACCAGGCCAGUUCUCCAGGUGGGACUGUAGUGUAGCAGCUGCACUGCUGCUCCCAGGCUCCCCGGACACGUGUGGACUGAGGGAGUGACAGACGACAACGGAGCCAUGAGCUGCGCUGGAGCCACAUGCAGGCGGCAGGCAGCGGCAGCCUGUAGGGCUGUGUGGAGCUGCUAACCCAAAGAGUUGCUUCCAUUUUUAAAUCAGUCUGUUGGGGCUGCAGUAAAAAAUGAGAAAUGGAGUUUUCUUGCUUUUUACUCUAAAAUUCAAUGUAAUUAAAUCCCAUAUAUAAUAUAUAUACAUAUAUACAUAGUGUAAAGUAAAAUGUUUCUUGGACAAGAAACCUUAAAUUCAACUGUUAUGAAUAGCACUUGGCUCUGGUUUUGCACUGAUCUAUUUUAUACUUUAGGUAGUCACUAGACAGCCUGGGAUGCACUCAUGAAGACAGUUGUCACCUUCUGACUUAAAUACAUAAUUCAGAAAGACAGAUGCUGCAAUCAUAGAUUUAAAAAAAACUGUUUGCACUUAAAAUAGUUUAAUGCUAAUAGAAAAUGACUUUGAAUAUGGGGGUAGUGGACUCCCGGCUUCCACCACAUGGAGUGAAGAUGCCCUUUUUAUCUGUUAACGUUUAUUUUAUUACUGUUGUUUCCAAUGCAAUCAAGCCUGUAUUAUAUAUGUAAAUAAUGUAAUUCUGAAAUGGGGGAGUUACUUCACUAGUAAUUUUCAUCAUUUAAGAGUGAUAUUUCUAAUUCACAAAAACAUUAAUAUUAAAAUUAUCUUGAAUAUACUAUUUGUUUAUCCUUUUUUAACUGACGCUGUGUGAUUUUUUUUGUUCUGGCCUCACCCAUUGGUUGGUAUGGAAUUGCUCCAUCCUUUGUCUGUCACAUCCCUUGAUCCCUCACUGCCAGUUCAGUGUAAGGCUGACUGAGAAACAUGUCUCACUUGAGAAUUCUUGGCUCUGGGCCAGUGCUCACAGUCCAGCACACCGCGGGAGCUGCUCAGGCCUGCAGACUCUAGUGUAAGCACGUAGCCUUUUCCUUAUGGUUUGGGGUGCACCUGCUGCCCGUGAAAGCUGAGAGCGCACACUGUAAGUUUCCACAGCUCCACCAGCCGCACCAUGACUCAGGUAGCUCAGACAUCAUCACACGGGGCUUCCGGAGGGCUGACAUCAGCAGGCAUGCAUCUCUGUGCUCAGGUCCAAUUCCCUGCCCACUGUAGCUGCUGCAGGUGAUACCUAGAGACAAUGCCUGUAUUUCCAAGCAGGAGAACCUUUCUCACCUUUUAAAGAAUCAUACAGACCUGGGCCCUUGAAGGUUUUAUGUGCCGAGACUAAGUCAUAAGGUGUCUGAGAUAUUUCUCCAUUGAUCCCAUUAACUAGGGGCAUGUGGAAGGAGUGUGGGGCUUUUGCUAGGAUGUCUGAAUUUGUAGCAGCUGCGGCUGCAGCAGGAUGAUGCUACUGCACAGUUCACACACCAAUGCAAGCCCAAGUCUGUCUUUAUUCACAUUAGGUUCCUGGCUUCCAGGCCAGGGAAGCCACUCACUUCUGCUGUUGCCUUAGCCUUGGGAAGGUGCCCAGAACCUAGCAGUCUCCUGAAGCAGCUCCAUUCUAGAUCCUCCCUGUCUGCAGGGAGUGACGGGAGGCAGUCACGUUAACAGCAGGGCAGCAAGUACUCAUGUGGAAGCUGAAGCACCGCCUGAAGAGACCUCCAAUUGCACUCCACAGCUCUCACUGAGCACCGCUCAGGGUCCUGGGUCCUUCCGGGCCUCGACCCAGUCUGUCACCUAGUGUUUCCAUUUGCCCAGCUGUACUGACAGCUGUCAGAGGACUGUGCCUGUGACAAACCUUCCUGGUUCUCGUCCUGAUAUUAGUCCCUAGCCACAUGGUCUAAUGUGCCUUCCAGAUGGUCUUAGAACUGCCCCAGCACCAUGGAUAAACAGUGUUCAGCAGGUCCUGGAGCCAUAGGAAGUGACAGCUCACUUACCUGUUACUGUAGGACUGGAUGGAUGUCACUCCACGUGUGGGGACUGGGGCAGAGGGGAGGCUGCAUCAUAGUGUCUUCAACCAUAGCAGGCAGAAGGUGAGACUGCACUGCCUUUCCAGCACAGACUGCUGCGGUGACAAUUCAAACACUUGGCAAGCAAUUGCCGUUCAAAUUCUGCAUGGGAGAGUCCACGGUGCCGCACUGAGCUAGGCCCACAGGAGGCAGAGAAAGCCAAGAGGUUUUCCCUCAGGUCCUUGCUGCAGCCUUUCCAGAUACUGGUUCUCUGCCCCAACCCAAGCUCAGCCCAGCCUUGCAGGCCCUACUUUGGGCAUGCUGUCAUGCCCACUCAGAUGGCUUCCGUCUCUGGUCCCCUUGUGUGUUGAACUGGCUGCAAGCCUGAAUACUGCCUACUGGACUAAGGCUCCUAAACCAACAGCAAAGGCGGAGGACAGCCCUUUUCCAGGGCCACACCACGCUUUCAGAAGAGUGCAGGAGACACCCACCAGCCCUGGCUCUGUCCAUUUUAAGCCUCAUACCCAGAGUAUUCCAUGCCCUCACUGCCCUCCACUAUCCCAUCUUUCUCCUACAGCCUCACUGCCCUUUGACUCCUGGCACUGCCCCUACCCACCCAUCUGUCUAGUGGCCUGAAACUUGGGCGAGCAGAGUCCUGAGUGAUGGGUCAGAUAUUGAGACUCAACACUUCCCUGGGAAGUUUCCCUUUUUAAAUGGUACGUAUAUUCAUGGUUUUUUUUUUUUUCUUUUCG